GCACACAAGGGCCGGAAGCAGCGGAGGACGCCGGGUUGGUUUUUUCCCUGCGCGGAGCGUCCGGCACGCGCAGCGGGGAACGUGGUUCGGAGCGGUUGGUGGUCGCGUGCCGGUGGUCGCCCGUCCCCCCGCAAAGGAAGGCGAUGUCGUCGGAGGGCAGCAGCCGCGAGGGGGGCAGCGCUCUGUUCGCGGGCUUCCGCGCGCUCGGCCUCUACUCCAACCACUUGGCGCACGUGGUGCGCUUCCACCGCCGCCACCGGGAGUUCUACCUGGUCACCGCGGUGGGGAAGAGCUUCCACACGUACAACGUGAGUCCGACCCCAAAACCCCGGACACGGGGGGUAUCUUUCGUGUUUCAACCUGCUUGCUGCGUGCAUAAAGCAGAAAGUGCAGAAAGCAGAAAGUGCAGAAAGCAGAAAGUGUGGGGAGAGUGGGGCGGGGUCGAGGGGCAUAAAUUGAACAUGCUUCCCUUAAACCCUCCCAAAACCAUUCGUUGAGAGGCUGGAAGAGUCGCAGGUGUUUUGCUUAGACUGCCCGUGGUUCCCAACGUGGGGCACACGCCCCACAGAGGGGGGCCAUUUGAUAUUUAAGGGCGGGAGUGGGCUGGUGGCAAUUCGAGAAUGAGUUAUUAACAGAUAAUGGUGCCGCCUUUUAGGCUUCAGGAGAAUAGGAGUUCGCUUUUUGAACAAUAGGAAUUAAAUGUCACCGGGUGUAUGUGUGCAUCAGGGUUUUAGAGAUGCUUAGGUGGGGCAUGGCCAGAAAAAAAAAGGUUGGGAAACACUGGUUUAGAGUCAAACAACUGAGUUCAGCUAUAAAGGUAAAGGGACCCCUGACCAUUAGUUCCAGUUGUGGCCGACUUGGGUUGCUGCGCUCAUCUCGCUUUAUUGGCCGAAGAAGCCGGCGUACGGCUUCCAGGUCAUGCGGCCAGCAUGACUAAGCCGCUUCUGGCAAACCAGAGCAGCACACGGAGCGGUACCUAUUUAUCUACUUGCACUUUGAUGUGCUUUCGAACUGCUAGGUUGGCAGGAGCAGGGACCGAGCAAUGGUAGCUCACCCCGUCGCGGGGAUUUGAACCGCCGACCUUCUGAUUGGCAAGUCCUAGGCUCUGUGGUUUAAUGCACAGCGCCACCUGUGUCCCUUCGAGUUCAGCUAUACGGGAAGCUUAAAAAAUGAGAGUUUCUUAGUCACCUAAUGCCUAUUUACUUUAUGGGGUUCACUGCCACUAAAUGUGGCCGUCCUUAUCCUCGGUAGCUUCAUAAGAGAAUUGGAAACCUCCAAGCAAAGCCUCAAAUGAGCGAGAUUUGUAGGGGGGACUUUUUUUAAAAAAACACACACAUUUGCAUCCUACCUUUCCACUUAAGAAGCUUGAGGUGGCUUCUCACGGUUCUUCCCCCUCCCCAUUUUACCUUCAUGACAGCCCUGUAAGGUAGGCUACACUAAGCAGCUGCGUGUGACCUAAGGUCACCCAAUGAGCUUCGUGAUUCAGCGGGGUGCACACCCAGUGCAUUUUGCCUGCUCCAGCCAUGAAAGGAUUUUGUUCUACUUGUUGUAAUAGUUCGCUUAAAGCAUGGUGUCGUUCAGCGAACAACUUUAUGGAAGGUUAGACAAAAUCAUAAAGGAGAAAAGUGUGAAAGUGGCUAUGGCUACAUGGAACCUCCAUGUUUGGGUGCUGCAUAUCUCUUUAAUAUCCGAUACAAAGGACAAACCACAGUGAAAGGCAGUUUCAUCAUGCCAUUCUUCAUUAGCAACCAGAAAUGUACAAAAGAAAGAGCAUCUCAAAGCGCCAAAAUUCUGACACGCUUUUUUCGCACAAAAGGUGGCAAACAUAUACCCUCAGUCCUUGAAGUGUUCCAAGCUAAACCCCUAGCACAUUUAUUAUAUGGGGCUCAGAUUUGGACUGGCACUUACCUUGGUUCUACGGAAGCUGUCCAAUCAAAAGUUCUUAAGGCAAUUUUUUUCUGUUCCACCCUGUGUCCCAAAUGCAUCAUUGCGCCUAGAGCAUGGGUAGGCAAACUAAGGCCUGGGGGCCGGAUCCAGCCCAAUCGCCUUCUAAAUCUGGCCCCCGGACGGUCCAGGAAUCAGUUUUUUUUUUUUUUUACAUGAGUAGAAUGUGUCCUUUUAUUUAAAAUGCAUCUCUGGUUUAUUUGUGGGACAUAGGAAUUCAUUCAUUCAUUCCCCCCCCCCAAACUAUAGUCCGGCCCCCCACAAGGUCUGAGAGACAGUGGACUGGCCCCCUACAGAAAAAGUUUGCUGACCCCUGGCCUAGAGGCUAAUCUUUCAUCGGUAGAAUUACGGAUCUGGCAUAGGACACUCAAAUCCCCCGUCUAAUAUCCCUGGUGCUGCAAGAUUGUCACAAGAGUGCCUGGUCUAAAAUUGUCAAAAACUUCACUCUUGUGGUUUAUCACCACAAUAGCUACUCACUCACCUUGGGUUUUAGUAAAGCAAACAGUCUAAUCUGUCAGUGACUAAUGAUAUCAAGUGUCAGAACAACUUAGCCACAGUAAGGAAAUUUUGCCCAUGGUAUGACUAUUUUACACCUUCCCAUUUCGACUUUCUGGCACCCUAUCUGCAUAACCUAGCAAUUCCAAAAUAUAGCCCUCGGCGGUUCUUGAGGAACGAUUCCAACAAAUUCAACAUGAAAAACGCUUAUGUCCCUGUGGAGAUGGCAGUACUGAAUCAGUGGCACUUGCACUUUUUAUAAAGACUUGAGAAAUGAGAUUAUCACCCUUCUUAUAUUGUUCAUUCUGGGUCGUCCAACCACUGCCACAGUGUCUUUUCUCUUGGCAGAUCAAGAUGAGCAGAUGACAGCAAAGGUUGCAAGGUUUUUAGCUGGGGCAAUCAAAAUAAGGUCCACUCUUUGACUCUUGAUUCAGGACUGUAAUGUGUGUUUUAUAUAAUUGACUUUUAUUUCUGUUCUUUGUAUAUUACAUUGUUCUUUUAUUGCUAUGGCCGAUGGCUGACGCAAAUAAAGAUUAAUUAAUUCAUAACAACUUGAUGAACUUCCAAAUUGACUGUAAUUUCUAAAUGAAGAGGAAGGAGUGGGAACAUAAAUACAUCACUGAGAAAGGAAGAGAGAAAUGUGACUUGGAUUUUUUGUUGUUGUGCUGCUCAAUAUAAUCUCAUUUUCACAUCCUUUACGAAAGGAGUGGGGCUUGUGCUGUUGCAUAACAUUUGACUUGCAGCUAUACAAAAUAAUUUGUUCUAUAUCACUCAAGAUAAUCCUCAUUUUCACAUCCUUUCCAAAAUGAAUGGGACUGCAGCUGUUGUGUAACAUAAAAUGUUUUCAUAUCAUGGUGCAUGUAAAUCUGAAAGAGUGCAGCUGAAUUUCAUUAAAGUAAAGGGGUGUUUUUCCACAGAUUUAACAAGAGGCCAGUUCCAUUACUAUUAUAACUUUUCUAACUACAGCAGUUAUUUCAUGAAUAACUAUGCCCAUCUUCCAUGCACAUUAGUCUCUUUUCUCCAGAAACAUUUAUAACUUGUCUAAUAAUUGUAAUACUGAACAAUUUUUCAAAAAAAUAUUCUUUUAUUGCAGGUGAAGAGACUAGGCAUAGUUGCUGUUAGUAAGUAUAUUGUUCUAUGUAUGUGCAUUUAAUAUGUGGUUUAGUUUUGUAUCUUUCUUUACAAAUUGUAAGUUGCGGUGGAUACUGUUUAUGUACAAAAAUCGUGCUAAAAGUUGUAAAAUCCACUACAAAAUGGAGUGUUUUGUACCCAAGUUUAAUUGGACAUCUGAGGCAGAAAAUCUCUUAACUGACUCUACUUGGGAGUAAUAACAAUAAAUUAAAACUUGUUGCCCUUCCACCAUGCACUGGAGGAACUUGUGUCUGAGUAAACUUUGUGUUUUAAGUCCUGUUUAUCUUAGAGCAUUCAAAUGAAUGUGCCUUCUGGUCAUUCUUACUGAUGGAGCACACAGUAAGUUGUGUGUUUUAGUUCUAAGCAUGUGUCGACAUUUUGUGUGUGUAUUUCUAGUAGCAUUGUUUUCAGUAUACUGCAAUGUUGAGGGAAAUUAUCAAUACAUCACAAUGUGUCUUCUUUGCUGUAUGUACUUUAAAAUUGAUAGAGCUUGCUCUUUUUGUUUCCCUUAUCUUUUAGGCAAUGCUUUGCCACAGGACAUUACCUCUUUGGCAGCGGACAGAAUGUUGGUCUUUGCAUCUUGUGGCAGUCUUCUCCAUGCUUUUGCUCGGAACAAAGAGGUUUGUAUAAUUAUUAAGCAAGAUAUUCCAAUUUGUAUCGGAUCCUGAAAGUAUUUAGGCUGCAAACCUGUAUCCACAAACCUGGGAGUAGUUGAAGUUCACAGAAUUCUAUAGAACUUGCUUUUGAGUAUACAUUUGUAUUCAGGAUAUGGGUGCUGUAUUAUUAAUGUAUGGGUGAUUUGCCGCUGCAUAUCUCAAAGGUGGGCUGGAGUUGCUCUGAAACCUUAGUAUGAUGUUACAGUCAAUACAGUGGUGCCUCGCAAGACGAAAUUAAUCCGUUCCUCGAGUGUCUUCGUCUAGCGGUUUUUUUGUCUUGCGAAGCAACCCUAUUAGCGGCUUAGCGGAUUAGCGCUAUUAGCGUUUUAGCGGCUAUUAAAGGCUUAGCGGCUUAGCUGCUAAAAGGCUAUUAGCGGCUUAGAAAAAGGGGGGGGGAGCGAAAAAAAAAUCUCAAGACUUGCAAGACAUUUUCGUCUUGCGAAGCAAGCCCGUAGGGAAAUUCAUCCUGCGAAGCAACUCAGAAACGGAAAACCCUUUCGUCUAGCGGGUUUUCCGUCUUGCGAGGCAUUCGUCUUGCAGGGCACCACUGUAUCUGGUUUACAUUUGGAAUUGUUUAAAAUAUUAAUUCUGAAAUUGGUACAGCUGGGAUCUUGUAUGGGUCAUAUUAUAACUCUUGAAUCCAGUUUGGGCUGUAUGUUAUACUUGUAUUCUGCCUUUCGACCUAUGCCUUUCCCAUCAAUGUCAGGGAACCUUUCAUCCCUCACUAUGGCUGGAACUGAUCAGAGUUGAAGUAAUAACAUCUGGAGGGCCUCAGGCUUCCUAUACCUGUUCUAAAUAGUGCUGAAGGCACUUCAUGUCCAGAUAUGAUUUCAUACCUCUAAGGAAAUAACUAAGAUACUUUGAAUUGCAGGUGGUUCACACUUACAAAGGUCACAGAGCAGAUGUUCACCUUAUACUGCCAUUUGGGGAUCAUUUGAUAUCUGUUGAUCGUGAUAACAUUCUCAUUAUUUGGGAUGUACAGACUGAAGGUAAUAUUUGACCCUUUUUAAAGUAAUAACUAUUCAGAGAAAUAAAUUUUUAAAACAUAUUUGUAGCAUAUAUGGCAGCUAAUGCUCUUCUUUGUCCUGCAGAAGAAUACUUGCAGAUGAAUUUUGAUAAGACAGUGUUUGCUGUUUCUGCAGUUAUGCACCCAAGUACCUAUUUGAAUAAAAUUCUUCUUGGUAGUGAACAAGGAAAUCUACAGUUGUGGAAUGUAAAAUCCAAGUAAGAACAUGUCUCUCUCCCCCACCCAACUUCCUGACCCAAACUACAAAUGUAUUAGCCUGGUUAUCAGUCAUUUACUCCCGUAAAAUGUGGAAUUAAUGCAGAACGCUGAUGGAUUGGAGGUGGACAAUUUUCCAAUGUUGUUUGAUUCUAACAGACUAAAUCGUAAAUAUGGCCAUAAGUGAAACAAUCACAUGCUAGUGGUUCUCAAACUAAAGCUAUACUGAAGGGCUUGUUUAGCAACGAGCCUGUUCAAAUUACAUAGGAAAUAACUGAGAAUAUUUGAAGUGAGCAUGGAUUUUGUUUAUGUUUCUAAGACAGUAGAAGGGUUACGUCGUUUUGAUCUAAAAAUAUGGGCCAACGUCACGAGCACUAUUUUCCUUGUUUAGUUUUAUUUAAAUGAGACUUGCACUAUGCACCUAUUGGUGACAUUGAUGAGUAUUGUCUUAGGGGUGUCUUUGCAUAGAGACAGUGGCCCUGACAACUGUGAGAAGAUUGAACCGCCGUAGCUUUCCUCUCCCUUGUUUCCCAAUGCAGGCUCCUGGGUCUCUACCAGAAAGGAGCUCUCCUGAAAGAAAUGCUAUGAGGACAGAGGAGUCCUGGGGAAGUGGGAAUUGGCUAAGAUUGGGCAGAGGCACUUUGCAUGAGUGGAGUUUCCUCCUGCUCUUACUUCUUGGAGCCUAAGACAAUGCUAGUAGUAUUCCCCCCACCCCAAUAAAUAGCACCCCAGAAGUUUUAAGAAUUUUUUCUGCAAAUGCUGGUUUUGUGUUUAACAUCCAUUCUGAUGUAGUUUUGUUUCAUGGCAUUAAAAUUCACUAACCUCUUUCUCUCCCCCCACCAAAGCAAACUUUUAUAUACAUUUCCCGGCUGGGGAGCAGGAGUGACAGUCCUUCAACAGGUAACUGUGUGAAUGUAUAGAGGUUUGGAUCCAGAGAUCAGUCUGCAGAAGGUGGUGAGCAAAAAAUGAGCUUUCUGGCACCUCCUCUUCCUUCCGGUCUGCCCUUCUAAAAAGGCUUUUCCUAGGUUUGGGGAACCCUGCUAAAUAGUUUGGACCAAGGGGGGAGGUGAUGGAAAAUCAAGUGAAAACACCUGAAAAAGUGGCAGCUCCAAUUACCUCCUGCAGGCUUAUCUCUGGUUUCAACCCAGCGACAAUUACAUACUGUUCCUUGAUAGUUAUUUUCAGAUUGCUUUAUUAAUGUUCUCUGCUAGAUCAAAUAGGUAUAGCCCACAAUGCUAAGCCUGUCCCUUAAUUUCUAGUUCAUAUUAGCAGAUCUACUACUACUUUUGCAGGAUUCUGAAUGACAGACUUUAGUAAGCAAAGUCAAUGUACAUGUCAGUAUUCUUGAAAACACUGUAUACUUGGGCUGUAUUAUAUUGCUAGUGGCGUUGCAAAAAUAAUAUAUAUGCAGGGGAUUUUUCUUUAAAUAAAUGAGUCUAGCUCUUGCGAACCUGAAAUUCAUUCAAAAAGUCUAUGCUAAAAAUUAGCACUAGAAUAGAAAUGGAACGAUCACAUGCAGGCUUCAGUCUACACACCCUUAUCUAGAAGUAAGUUCUGUUCCAUUUAAUGGAUUUUUUUAAAUUAAUGCAGUAUGUUUGGGUUUAGACUGUUAAACCAUGGUCCACAAAUCACAUAUUCUUAAACUGUAGUAAUCUUGAGACCAUGUAUUGUAGCUGGGUUUGUUUUUUUAAGAAUUCAACCUGUAUGGAGCUCAUUACUUGUGCUCUUCUUCUAAACACUUCUAUUUGAACAUAAUUAGAAUGGUGUCAGUGUCCCAAAUUAUAUACUAGUAGGUUUUACGCAAGGCUGUAAUCCUUAAGCACACUUGUUUGGAAGUAAGCCCCAGUGAGGUUAGUGCUAAAUAUAUGCAUCCAAAAUUUGAUUUCAUCCAAACGUCCAAUCUUAGGUGGAAGAGUUGUAAUUAAAAUGUUAAUGUGUACUGUGAGUGGUGUGGCUCUGAAUGUAUGUUCCCUUGCUGUGUAUUCAUAUAUUUGAUAUGAAAGACAAUAAGGUUUGCACAAAGGCUUGCAAGCUGUUGAAAACUGGGCUUUAGUGUUAAUACAGUAAGUUCUGUGGCCUGUUAUAAUCAAAGAGUGUGUUAAGUUAGAGGUAGAGGGAUGAAUCAUAUGAAACAAGCAAACUUAUGCUCAUGGAUCAAGACCUCUGAACGACCCUCUGGAGUGGUGGGCUGUAGUUGGGAGGGGGAGUCAAAUUAAAUCUCUUCCCCCCCCCCCACGCUCCAAACGAGUACAGCGUGUGUGCACAGAGCACCAUUCAAUCCAAGUGAAAGUUUACUAAAGAGAGUAUUAUUAGAGAGUAUUAGUCUACAGCUUCCGCAGCUUUUUUUGCCCUGGCUUCAGAUGGUGAAACGCACUCCAAAUAAAGAUGUAAGUAGGUGUAAAAAUGUGUAGAACUAAUUUGUUUGCACUUCCUCCAAAAAUGGCAACAUUUUGAUGAAAGCUGACCAAACCUACUGUAUCACCCGAAGUCUCCUAUAGCCUCUCUUGCUGCUUCUGUGGAGGUUGAAGGAAACAGGCAAGAUCUUGGAGUUAGCAUCUCACCUAGUCUGAACUCUGAGGCUCCUUCCAUUUUGGAAAUAUUAGAAGAUGACUGGGAAAUAACGCCAUGGAAUAAUGAUUACAUGCAUCUCAUUCUAUUCAGUAUGCAAUAAUAAAAAUGCAUGACAGUAAACAAGCUUUGAAAUUGGAAAAGCAUGUCUUUGAUGCAGCAAGCUCAUUCUUGUCUAAAAAGUAACAAAAGCCUCAUUAGGAUGAACUUGUGUGCUUACUCAGAACUUGGUGAUUUCAUUCAGGUGUGCCCAGGAAAAGUUUCUAAUGGAAUCUUACCACACAUUCUUAAUAGGUUAUUUAUGCUCAGUUGCAAAAUAUAAAAAGUUGCUGUUGUUUAAUAGUAUAACUUUCUUUGCAGGCCCCAGCAGUGGAUGUCAUUGCAGUAGGUCUUGUGUCUGGUUACAUCAUAGUGCACAAUAUUAAAUUUGAUGAAACGCUGAUGAAAUUUCAACAAGACUGGGGUCCCAUAACAGCAAUAUCAUUCCGUACAGGUACACUUCAGCACUUAUUAGAAACCUCAGACAUGAGUUAAAGCCUUAAGUUGAAAUACAAAUUUAAGUAUAAACUACUUGUCAACUGUUGCAAGCUAUCAUAAGGCCAGGACUGACAUGUACAGGUAAUUGGUCUUGCUGUAGUUGCAUUCAGACAGUCCUCCAAUUGAUGGCUUGAAGAUCACAGAUGAUUCUGAACGUUCUAUUCUCCCCUUGCAUGCACAGUUUUUAUGGAAAUUUUUCUGGUCUAAUCAAACGAUAGUUUAUUGUUAUGUCUGAACAGGAAAAUUGUGGCGCGAGUGAUUUAAUCACUCACCCUCUCCACAUCAAUUUUGAUGUUAGUUGGCUUUCUUUCCCAGUUGUAUGCUCUUCAGUAUUACUUGUUUUGAUUUAAGGUUUCUGUAUUUAUGUUUUGUUUCUUUUCUGCAUGUGAUCAGAUGGACACCCAGUUAUGGCUGCUGGAAGUCCUGUUGGGCAUAUUGGGUUGUGGGAUCUAGAAGAAAAGAAACUUCAGGGCCAGAUGAGAGAUGCCCAUUCUACAGCAAUUUCGGGUAUGACAUUUGUCCAAGGGGAACCACUUCUUAUUACCAAUGGUUCGGACAAUGCAAUAAGGGUAAGUUAUAUAGCUUUAACUAAUUAAUAUUCCAUUUCCAAAGUGAUUUCCCCUGCCCCUUUCUGAUGAUCCUAAGAUGAUUCAUGCACCUAGUCAAGUACUUUAUUUUAUUACGGUCAUAGACCAGCAUAAGCAAAACAUCUAAAUAAAUAGCAUAACAGUAUAAAUCUAAGCGAAUAAUUAUUAAAUAAAUAGGAGCAAGAACCAACGUAGAUUUAAACAUAUACACAGAAUACUUAAUUACUUAAUUCAUCUAGAAACACAAUGUAUACUCCUUCUUUUUGUUCUUGGGAACAAAAAUACUGUGUAGUUGUGCAAAACUGUGGUAGAGCAUUAUGGUACGUCUGUAAGAUGCCCUCUUACGUUUGUUGUUGCAUAAUUAGGUUUCAUUUGUUGAGAAACAGCAGGCAAUCUCCACAGUUCUGCUAAGCCAGUCAUUACUAGUGAUAUAACUAUCACUAUCUGGUUGAGGAUUUGAAUGAGCAAUUAUGUACCGUUAAAUCACUUCCUCCUCCUCUCCCUGUCCCCAAUCUAGAACAGUCUUUUUACAAGUUUUCUCUUAACAAGAAAAGGCAUAUUUGUGCUCUUGGAUAAAAUUUUAAAAAUCACUUAUGCAUUGUUUCCUGCUCUUAUAAAAAACACAAAGAUUAGGAUCCAAGUACUUACAUUAGGAAAUACUUCUUGGCUAAAAGGUAUUCCGAAGCAUGAAGUAUCUAUUAUUUGCAAAAAAUAAUGGAGAAGGUUUUGUAUGUCCUUGAAUGAAACAUGAGUGUGGCCACAUACAGCGCUUCUGAAUAUUACUAGUUUAUUGGUUUAUUACUGUGCAUUUAUUUUGCUUCAAGCUUAUUUUCAAGUCUUGCUUUCCUUUACACUUGUUUUCUUGCGUUUGUUUACUUGUUGAAUAGGUAUGGAUCUUUGAUGGCCCUGGAGGAAGUGGCAGAUUGCUGAGAUUCCGAAUGGGCCACAGUGCACCUCCAACGAAAAUCAGAUAUCAUGGGCAAAAUGGGCAGCAAAUUCUCAGUGCCGGUAGGAAUUCUCCCAGCUUCCUGUUAUGUUGAAAUGAGUAAUACUGUUUUUGGAUCAAGUCACGUGAAGUUCAGUUUCUUGUGAUUAAGGAUUAGUCAUAGGCCAGCCAAUUUAUCUCUGACUUGUUUGGUUUUGCUCCAGUAUGCAGGUUGGAUCUUGAACAUAGUUUUAUCUUUCUCAAUUGCUGCUACUUAAGUUGACAAAAAUAGGAGUUUCGAUUUGAAAUUGAAGACUUGGUUUUCUUGUAAAAGUCGGCCCCUGUCCAAAUAACGUAAUACAAUAAGCCCACAACUUGUGCACGCGUUACUUAAUGUGAUUAGAACAUUGCACAGGGGGGAAUGAAUGAAUGAAUGAAUGAAUGAAUAGAGAGCCAUGGAAACCCACCAUUCUCUGAUCUUUCAUUUAUUUCCCCACCGGCACCGGCACCAGCACACCCAGCUAUAUCUUCCUCUCUUACAAGCAUCCCAGAGCCCUCGUACCACCUCCCCAAAGUCCAGUAAACAUGGUCACACCUUCCUUACCAGCCUCUGGAAAGGAGGUGUGCGGGCUCUGGGAGCAUCUCAGAGGCCAGUAAGGAAGGCACCCUACUCGCACUCAGGACCCUCCCACGACCUUCCCAGACCCUAACGAGCAGCUCUCCGCCUGCCGGGGGGGGGGGGAGAGAGGUCGGGAGAGCGUUCCUGACUUCGUGCGAUUUUGCCUUUGUGUUCAGACCCCGGAACUGAACCAUUGUGUAAGUAGUGGGCCCAAUGUAAUUUAACACUGCAUUAGGAGAUAAUUUCAAGCUUUGUUGAUUGGUUAUUAACCAACAGGACACACUGCUGGCAGAAUGAAUUCCUCCCUCUCCUCUGCAGCCCAUCUCCUUCCCCAAAAAAUAUACUCAGAAGGGUUAGACGAUCCUCCAGAGAAGAGAGGAGGGGGAGGCAAGUCAGUGGUGAGACGUUGGAUGCAAAAGCAAGGUUUUCUCCAACAAUUUCUAUAACGGUUUACAUUUAAAAGUUGCCUAAAAUGAACUGAUGCAUAGGUAUACCUACAUUUUCUUUUAAUGUUCUACUGUAGGACAAGAUAGUACCUUGCAGUCAUUUUCCACGGUGCAUGGGCGAUUCAAUAAAAGCUUAGGACGCGGUGAGUGGGACUACGCAAUGCAUAAUCAAAUGUCUGUGAAGGUAUUUUGGUGUAUUGAACCUGUACGAGUGCUAAAAUAUUGUGUAGCUGCUCGGUGAACCCAGAUUACUUAUAGUUUCUAGCUGCUCUUUGUUUGCGCUCAGACUCUUGUUGUUUAAUGACUGGUAAACAAUCCUGAACCAGAGGAAAUAAUACUCUGUAAAGAAAGUUCUAUUGAAAUGAGUGAAAUUUCUUAUGAUAAAAUUUUUUUGUUUGUGCUUUUGAAACUUAACACCUGAUCCUAAUUUCAGUGUAAUUUUUCUUUUGACAUAGUAUUGGGUGGUGGCAUGGCAGAGUUAGGAAACAGCCUUCCCUAAGACUUAAUAUGUUCAAACCGUCAGUGUGUGGCGUACAUUUGUGUCAUGUUUCUCAUCUCUUGAAGGUUCCAUAAAUAAAAAGAAAUCAAAAAGGAAAGGACUCCGGUAUGAUACAAUGACUCUUCCACCUAUUACAACAUUUGCUACAGGUGCGUAAUUCUUUGCUUGUCUUGAAUGAAUGAGCUAAUACGACAUCAAGUCUCCCCCCCCCUUCCCCUGCCCCCAUUGAAUAGCAUCUUACGUGGCUGAUGAGAUUCCAAGUAAAUCUAGAAUGACAUGCAUUGGGGAAAACAAUGCACACUGAUGGGAACCAAAGUGGCUGUGACUAUCCAGAAAAGUAAUUGGUGGAUGGCUCAGUGAAAACACUAACUCACUGUGCAGUUGUGUUGAAAAGGUCAAAUCCCAUGUUGGAGGUGAUUAUAGAGAAGAGAUUGAAAAUGAAAGGCUCCUCUAAUAAUGGCUAUGUACAGAAAUCUACAGUGCAAUUCUUAGCAGCCUAUUUGUAUAUUUUAUUUAUGGCGUUUGCUGCCACGUCGUGCUGUGAUGGGCGCUGGCUGACCUCACAUUAAAAGCAGCAUAGACCAAUUCAUGGAGGGCGGAACUAUCUAGGGCUGUUGGCUAUGACAAUUAAAUGGGACUUCUAGACUUAGUGGCAGUGUGCUGCAAUUAGAUGUUGGAAGCAGGACACUGGACUGCAUAGACUACUAGUCUGAUUACACAGCGCUGCUCUUAAGUUGUUUUUUCUACUCCCAGUGCAACAAGUUCCUCCGGCCUGGUGGAACGCUCUGUCUCAUGAGACCAGGGCCCUGCAGGAUCUGAUUUCUUUCCGCAGGGCUUGUAAGACAGAGUUGUUCCGCCUGGCCUUUGGCUUGGAGCCAAUUUGAUUCCCUCCCUCUCUUUUUUCUUUUCCUUUCUCCUCCUUCGAUGAGGCUACAUUUUAAUAUUUUAAUGUUUCAAUAUUUUAAUGUUGUAUUUUAAUGUUGUUUUUAAGUUGUAAUCAUUCAACUUGUUUUUAUUAUUGCUUGCUAGCUGCCCUGAGCCCGGCCUUGGCUGGGGAGGGCGGGGUAUUAUUAUUAUUAAUAAUAAUAAUAAUAAUAAAUAGUGCUAUAGGUUGUUCUUACAAUAUUCAUUCUGUUAAACGUUAAGUGGGUAGUUUCACAUAAGCAGAGCUGGCUGUAUCAGGCCAGUGGCCCAACUGGUCCAGCAUGCUGCUCUUACAGAGGCCAAGCAGAUGCCCGUGGGAAACUAGGGAGCAGAACAUGAGCACUCAUGCACCCCCCCAUGUGGUUUCCAGCAAUUGGUAUUCAGAAGCAUUGCUGCCUCUAGCUGCAGGGGAUAGAGCACAGUCGUCAUGACUAGUCCACCAUGAAUUUGUACAGUCCUCCUUUAAAGCCAUCCAUAGUUGGUGGCCUCCUGGGGAGCAACUUCCAUCGUUUGACGGACUACCUUGUGCUGGACGUACUCUUUACAGUUAGGAUAAUGGCAGACAUGGAACCCUUGUACUGUAACCAUGCACAGUGGUACCUCGGGUUACAUACGCUUCAGGUUACAGACUCCGCUAACCCAGAAAUAGUGCUUCAGGUUCAGAACUUUGCUUCAGGGUGAGAACAGAAAUCGUGCUCCGGUGGUGCGGCAGCAGCAGGAGGCCCCAUUAGCUAAAGUGGUGCUUCAGGCAGGUUAAGAACAGUUUCAGGUUAAGUACGGACCUCCGGAACGAAUUAAGUACUUAACCUGAGGUAUCACUGUAUUAAAUUAAACAACUGCUAAACAAUUGUUAUAAAAUGUGUGCAAAGCUAUUUUUCCAUGGGACAAUUGCUUCUUGAUUAAGAGUUGUGCCUUUUAACGUAUUUUGAUUGUGUUACAGAGGUCGCCCGUCAAAGUGACUGGGAUGGGAUCAUUGCUUGCCAUCAAGGAUUUCUAACCUGUACUACCUGGAAUUAUCAGAAAGGGUCAAUGGGAAUUCAUAAACUGGCGCCACAAGACUUCAGCAAAAAUAGACCUCUUGGUGUAUAUGCAACAGUAAGGGUUGUUUUUAACUGAUUGAAGGAUAUAGUUCUGUUGUUGUUUUUUUUUUUUUUUUUUUAAAUCAUAUUUAUUAAAGUUUCCAAAAAUAUAAAAAUACAAAGAAAAAAAGAAAAAGAAAAAAAGAUAUUUAAAAACCUUACUUUCAUUGCCUACUUUCUGGGACUCCCCUCCCCCGACUGUAUUCCCUUUCCUUAAUUUAAUUCUACAAGCUCUCACUCCCGAUUUGAAGCUUAAUUUGUUUAACCCACUAUCCAUAUUGAAUUGUACAAAUCUUACCACCGUCCCACAUCAUUAACAAGAAAAGAAAAAGAUUUUCCCCAAGAUCCACCCCAGUUCCUUCCACGAAUUCCCUUUUUUAAACACGUCCAAUCAAAAUAAAAUGACAUACGUAAGUUAUGUAAAAAAAUAAAAAUAAAAGAUAUAAAAAAUUCAAAAGAUGGUUACACAGCCUUUGGAUUUCAAAUCUCCCCCUUCCCCGGUUUGAAUUCCCCAUAUCCAUCAGUCUGUGCAUUAUCAGCUUGGAAGUCUCAAUUCAUGACCAAAUUUCUCCCGAUUCCAUCUUGCCGGUUUUCUUUUAAUUUAUUAAUAAUAUGUAACUUCAAGUGUCCAAUCUAACAAAGGCCUUUAAUUUCCUUGAUCUUUACCACUCCUCCCGUUGUUCUUUCCGUGUCGUAAUCAGUCCUUUGUUCUUCUUUUCCUCACUUUCUCAGGUUUCUUGUCCUGUUCAGCUGCUAAAACUUUCUAAUUCAGAAAUCUGAUAUCUCUGCAGAGGUUUGUUAUUCAGGAACAAAACUGACGUCCAGUCCCUUCCUUUCUUCAAUAGAAAAUUCUAUUGUCUCCUUUAAUGUAAAUACCUCUGUAGACAAAAUACUAUUUCAGUUUUGCAGCUUUCCCAAAAGAUAACAAGUCCUGUGCGAAUCCCAGAGUAUUUUUCCACUUACGACCGUUCUUGUAAUAUCCCGAAACCCCUCUCGGGGGAUUGUAAUAACUUUGUAUCCUCUAAUCCAAAAGUCAAAUUGUUGGUUAUUUUCCAACAGUUUAUAUCCAUAUUGUAGCAAAUUGUAGCAAAAUUAACCGGCAAAGUCCUCAUAACAAAGUCCUCUUUAUAUUCUCCAACUUUGACAGCCACUUUGACAGCUGUCAAAGUCUCCGUCUCUCUUCACCAGGCUCCACGAAUCGCCCCGGUUCCCAGGGGGGGGGUUGCAUUUUUCUUCUCGCCCUCCACUCUUCUCCUCCAGCACAGUUCUUAUAAUUUCCCAUCGUGAAAUUAAUGGUUUUUAUCAAGAAUAUACUUCCCUUUGGACCUUGGUUACCCAGUCCUUGUUUUGGAAUGCUUACAGUAGGGGGAUUGACUUCCUUUCAAAUCGCCCCCGCUCGUGCCAAAUCCGAAAUUUUAAACCCGGUUUCCCAAUUACUCACGGGUUGUUGUUAAUAGUCCAAAUUUUCAAUGGAAGAAGUCAGCGCUCUCCGUCGAAUGGCAUGCGGCUGCGCUCGGCAGGGAAAGCAGAAGACUCAAAGCACCACGCCGCUCCCCGGCACCCGAUCCGAAGCCUUUUUAAAGGCUCCUUCACGAGUCGGGAGGGCGCUAAUGGUGCAAGCCGAGUCACCCAUGUCCACGGACUCCGUGCCCGUGGUUUUUAAGGGUCCCCGCGUCGCCGGCGCGGUAGGACCCAGCCCCUGCCGAGCAGACUCCCUCCGGAGCUCGGAGGGAGUCCGCCAUUCGGCGAUGGCGCCAACCCGGAAGCUCUGUUGUUGUUUUUAAGUGUACAGAAAAACCCGCUCAUAAUUCAGAAUGACAUAACCAAGAUAGGUUGAUGUUGUUGUUGUUGUUAAAAGCAGUAAUAUAUUUAAAAUACAAUAAACCAGAUGCACAAACAGAGAGCCAUCACUGAAAGGGCCCAUUGUUGUUUACCUAAGACUUUAGGGCUUAAUUGGAGGGCAGUUAGGUAUGUUUGUGGUUGGUUGGUUGGUUGGUUGGUUGAGUGUACUUAUAUGCCACUUUUCCACAAAGCGGCUUACAGGAAACAUCCAAAAUGUCAAAAUGCAAGCAUACGAAAUACAGAGAGCAUGUCAGUAAAUUCAGAAAUGACAAAAAUCAACAAUUUGCUGCUGUUUGACUGUUAAAUUCGGUAUUACAAGGAAAAAAGCAGUCUAGGUUUAAGUACAUAAAUACAAAGAAAGCAAGUGUUAACUGACAAGAAGGGUUCUCGUUCUGGUCUUUGUGCACACCAGAGAGCCUGGCUUAACUACAGCUGAGAGGGGAAGGGACUUCUCAUCAGGCUAAGUGACAUACAACUGCCGCUCAUACGUUAACUCCAGAGGAGACUGGCAGCAGCAGCAAAAGGCAAAUGCUUGAGAAGGCAAUGAUGGUCAGUCUCUUCCCCUGCCUCGAAGUUACCACUUCUGUUUUUUUUUUAAAAAAUAAUAUUUAUUAAGAUUUUUAAAAUUACAGGAAAAACAAAGAAGAAAAAGAAAGAGAAAGAACAAAAGAAAAACAAACCACAAUCAAACAAUACAAAUUGGUAAAAAUCAAAAUAAAAAAAUAACAACAAAACAGAUAACAGAGCACAAUCAAAAAACAAAAAUAAGCCACAGAAUUUUUAAAAACAAAUCCAAUAUUCUCAAAUUCUUAACUGUCAUUACCUUCUUUCAUUGACCUCCUCACUCCUCCCUUUUUUUGUAUCCUAGUUGUUAAUUAUCACAGCAAAUCCUUUCCAUUUUUCAUAAUAUUCUGUCAUUACAUUACCUUAAUCUAUUUUAACCUUAUUUUACUAUAAAGAACCCUAAAACUUAAAACUUACAUCUUAUUUAUACCAAUUUCUCAUAACCAUAAGAUAUUCUUACAUAAUUCUUUUAACAUUUUUGCUAAAGUCAAAUAAUUUCGUUCCAACAUUUUUCUAACAUUCAUUAAUUUUAUAAGGCAAUCCUAAUAAUUUUUUUUUUCAAAUUUUCUUCCAAUCUUCAUCCAGCGUCUCUUCCUCCUGGUCCCGGGUUUUGUCAGUCCUUUCUAUCCCAUCAAUCUGGUGCAUUAACCUGGUAAUCUUAUGUCCGAGGCCCUUAAGUCUCUUCCAUGUCCCUUCCGCGGCUCUUCUUCAUAUUUAUACCUAUACUUUACUUUGUCUCCUGCUCCUUUCACUCGUGGGCACUCCAGCUUGACAGUGUUUUUGACCCUUCUCGACAAAUCAGCCCCUUUUCCAUAGUCCUCACUAAACUCCAUGUGGUAUUUAAGAACAUAUUUCAAAGUCCCUCCAGAAUUAAGAGCCCCCACAACCCCAAACAUCUCGUGGCCCAUUGCCAGACUUGGAAAGUCAAAACAUCCCUGCAUAGGGGGGUCUAUCAACCCCCCAUUUCCAAACCAAACAAAACUUUAUCUCUCCAAAUCUGGCGUUUUCCAAGUUCAUUUAUCAAAUCCAACAACUCAUGUUCCUGCUGGGCCACAACUCCCUCCAUCUCUGGCAUCCGAGGUUCAGCAACAUCUUCUUCCCUCAUCUGAUCUGUCAGAGCACAGUUCUGAUUUGAUUCCUGGGUGGGUUCUAUAUAGUUACCCACUACCUGUCCAAAAUUUCCGAACGCAACAGUCAUCAAGUCCGUCUUCUCAUGUAGCUGAUCCAAUAGGGCACUUGUUUUACAGAAAGCACGCACCAAGGCUUCUGAAUACAUUGUUCUGCAAGGUCAGAAGUCUGUUCCCACGAUCGUAAUCUGUUACAGCUGCAGAGCUCCCCGGUUCAAAUUUGGUAACAGUUUCACAGGCUCCCUCUAGGGUUUAAAGACAGAUCUAACAACAAAGUUUACUUUUUCAGAUAUUUUGUCAAUAUUGUUCCUUUAAAAUGCGAAGAAGAACAAUGGAAUCACUAUGUUUCUCUUCUUUUAACUAUCUGUCAAAGACGUUUGUCUAUGGUCAAUGAGCUUCCUAAAGAACGUCUGUCUUGACACCCGGCUCCCAGGUUCAAGACGGUGGAAAAUUACUUUUCUUUACACUCACUUCUGCAGGUUUAAACAGUCCGGAAAAAAAUCCCCCCUCUUCUCCUGCUCCCGAAGGGGGUUCAACAAUUUUAAAUGAUGAAAGUUAAUCCUUUAGAAACUAUUUUCUGAAACUUUAGUUUGCCAUGUCUUUGCUUUAAUCUGUCUACAAGAAACGGAAGGCUGACUUCCUGUUUAGACCUUCCCGUUUCAGUACCAAAUUAAGAAGAAUUUCUUAGUCCAAUUUUCCUUUCUACUCGCAGGUCGUUUUUUAAAGUCCAAUUGUCCAAAAUUAAGUUACUCACGGGUAAUUGUUUUAAAAGCCAAAUUGUCCCAGGAAAAAGGCAGCGCUCUCCGGCAACGGCUGUGCGGCUUCGCUCCACGGAAGAAGCAGUUGACUCUCAGCACCGCGCCACUUGCCCCUCUUCGCUCCGGAGCCCGUAACGGAGUUCUUUUACGAGUUGGGGGGGUGCGAAAGGUGCCCGCCGAGUCCCAUGGUCACAGGCUUCAUCCGCCUGUGAUUUUUGAAAGGGUCCCCGCUUCGCCGUAGCGGGAAGACCCGUUUUCCGCGGAGCUAGUCCCUCCGGAUCAGAGGGAGUCCGCUAUUACCGAUGGCGCCACCCCGGAAGCCCCGAAGUUACCACUUCUGGUAACUUCGGUUAUUGCAUUGUAAAUUGCUCUGACACACUUUAGGGUAAAGUGGCAAGUAACUAAAGUCAAACCUCGGUUCCAGAACGCCUCUGUUUUGGAACGUUUCAGCUCCCAAACGCCGAAAACCCAGAAGUAACUGCUCUGGUUUUCGAACGAUUUUCGGAAGCUGAACAUGCUUUUGGAAGCCCUUUUCAUUUUUUCCCAUUGACUUUGCGGCCAGCCCAUUGAUCCUUGGUUUUUGAACUUUUUGGAAGCCGAAACGGUCUUCCAGAAUGGAUUAAGUUCGAAAACUGAGGCUCCAGUGUAUGCUAAAUCACAAUAAUAGCAAGAAUUUUUCUUUAUCUGAACAUCUCAGUAAUUUUUUGAAAGUAGAAUCAGUUUGUAUUGAAUAGUGUCUGUUUAAACAGUUAAGAAUCUGACAUUGUUAAUCACAAAUAUUGGAAGUAAGAUUUCAAAUAUUUGCUUCUAUAAAAAAAAACUUGUUUCUUUCUCUUUCCCCAAAAGGCAGUAGAUAUCAGUUCCUGCGGAAACUUUGCUGUAAUUGGACUUUCAACAGGACAUGUGGAUGUAUACAACAUGCAGUCUGGCAUUCACAGAGGGCGUUAUGGCAAAGAAAAAGGUGAAAAUAGGGCACUUAGAAAACAUUCUGGUUGAAAUCCAGUGCUGCCUUUUCUAUUGCAGAAUGUCUUUUGAUCCAGCCAAGACAUCUGCUAAUGUACAAAAAUGGGGGGAAGGCAGAGAUUUUUGUCAAUCCCUUCUCUCUGCUGCAACACUCUGUGGCCACCAAAAGUCUGCUCUAGAAGGCUGGAGAACCCUAUACAACAGUUUGGAAGAUUGCAGAAGUGAGAGGCAGGGUGUCAGUGAAAUUUCCCUCCCCAUAUCUUAAAUUAGUGGGUGCCUCAGCUGAAUCAAAAGCUGUUCCAUGAGCGGACAGCUGCAUUGGAGUUUACCCUCUUAACAACAGUUUCAGUGUUGUUGAGACUCUGGAUCGGAAAUACAUCCUCAGAAUGCUCUCCUGUAACAAUAUAUUCCUGCUAUACAGAGAAUGGGAUGUGCUGGCUUGUGUUUGCUCACACCUACGCUGAACAUCAUUUGUAGUAUUUGCCAUGUGAUUGGGAAUAUGCGUGUACAUGAGGAAAGCAUAUGCCUAUAGGGAUGUAGGAAAACAUGUCCAACUGCAAGCACAAUCUUUAUUUUGUAUUGCAGGGGGUGAGCAUAAGCCAAUGAGCCCUCUUAGGCACAUACUGUGUGACAAAUUUCCGGCUGCAUUUUCAAAUGUAUGAAUGUUGCCAGCAGAUUAAAUUGAGCCUUUGGAUUUGAUGUGCUGCAGAGAAGAGGCAGGAAGCUUUUGCACAACACUGACCUUUGGUUAUAGCUCAGGGGUGGGUAUCCCGUCGCCUUCCAAAUACUGUUGAACUCCAGCUCUCAUCAGCCCCAACUGUUAUGGCCACUGGUCAGGGAUGGAGCAAGUUGUAGUUUAGCAAAAUGUGGAGGCCCACAGGUUAAAUAACCCUGCUAUGGUCAGACAACAACUAGAUGGAUCAUUGCAUGCCUGUAUAUUAUGAUGGCAAUAAACCAGCAAUAACAAAGGUGCGUAUUGUUAUUUCACGCUGGCGUAGGGAGAUGCUUCUGAUACACAUGCCUGCCUUCUACAUGCACAGUGAGUUGUUAAGUCGUCUCUGCAUUAACAAGUUUGGGAUUCCAAUUUCAUAAGAUAGUGUGUCCCUUGUGCAUUUGGUGGCAUGGUUUAGCCAUGCAGAAUGAGGAAGGAAGCUUUACUCUGGAUCUCAGUUCCACGGUGGACACAAUGUACUGCACUACAGGAAAAAUAUGACAGAAAGUGAAUAUGAUUAACCGUGGUAUGGUAUCUAUCUAUUCCUGAAGGAUGUUAUAUUGUGCUUAGAUUGUGAGCUGUGCUAAGGAUCUGUAUAUAACUUUAUAAUAACAAAUAGUUGGAAGAUGCUAAAUUAAGGUGGUGGACUAUUAAUUGACUCUUUUACUUCGCAAUUAAAGCUCAUGAAGGCUCCAUAAGAGGAGUAGCCGUGGAUGGAUUAAACCAGCUGACAACCACAGCAGGAAGUGAAGGAUUGAUCAAGUUCUGGAACUUCAAAAGCACAAAAUUUGUUCACUCUAUUAACCUCCCUUCUUCUCCAAGUAAAAUGUUGCUUCACAGAGACAGGUGGGAUUAUUGCAAGAUGUAUUGUUUUUAAUAACUUCUCUUACUUCAGCGGUGAUAUUUUCAUAAUUCAUAUUUGCAGAGCACAGUUGUACUAAAAGAGUUUCACCCCUCCUAGUUUCUGAAAUACAUGCCGCCUCCCUAGUUUCUUCAUGUAGACAGGGUCUUCUUGAGGGUGGCCCUCCCUUCCAAUUAAAAUUCACUUGGCCUCUUCAGUUUUGACAUUCAAGAAGGCUUUAGAAAGAGGGUGGCUAAGGGCUGCAUUGAAGGUUCGUCAUUCACACAAGCAUAUGCAUGCAUGCAGAUACAGCACACAAAAACCCAGGCAUGCAGACCAGACAUCCAUGCACACCCACCCACAUGCACACAGGUGAUGAAUAGAACCAUUUCCUUCUGCUGUGAUACAGCUUAUCUUUCAAAGGUGGCUUUUCCCCCGCUUGCAUGGCACUACUAUUAGGAGAUCUUGCCAGUCAUGAGCAGGAGAGUGUGCUCCUUCCUCCCCGCCCCCGCCCCCCCCCGGCCUGUAAGACCUAACAGUGAUGCCGGAAGAAGAGGAGACACAUUUGCAAAGUGAAGAGGUGCCUGAGUCUGGCAUUGGCAUUGGCUUGGCAGGCUGGAUCUGGAGCCACUCCUGCCUUAAAAUCUUUACUGUGGCCUUUCCUGAAGAGAAAGGGUCUCAUCUUGGAUUGUAUGUAUGCAUUCAGUGCUUAGUAUUUUGCCUGAUGCUUCAUUGUUUUUAUUUCUCCGUAUGCUGCUUUGUGAAAAGCAACAAAUAAAUAACUGGAAUAAUCUUAACUGAUGAAAAUAAUAAAAUUAUUGUUGUGAUUAGGUUCUUACCCUUUACACAUCCAACCCACUACAGUCACCUGUCCAUUUUGCUCAUUAUGCCCUGCUUAUAUCCAGCUUUUGCCUUUCCUUUCCCCUGUGAAAACAUUUAGAGUAGCCUUACUCUAAACAUCUAUUGGGGGUUUCCCCUAAAGUUUGUGUUCCAAGAAUAUCAAUAACAAAGAAGCAUAAUGCAUUAUUAUUUUUUUGCCUCUUCCUUAACAUGUGUUUGAUAUUCUACUUUAUAUUCUUCUUGAUUUCACCAGUUGCAUUCUGGGAAUUGUUACGGAUGACUUCACCAUUAGUGUCCUGGAUAUAGAAACACGAAAAAUCGUGAGGAAGUUUUCAGGGCACCAAGGCCAGAUAAAUGACCUGGUAAGUUUGUAUCUAUUUACUAUCAAUUGUGUAGAGGUUAUGUACCGCCAGAGUUCAUCUACAUUGGACAGGCAACGUACUGACCUCCAGAUUUUGUAGACUGUAAUUCCCAUCAUCCCCAGCCAACAUAGCAAAUGGUUAGGGAGAAUGGAAGUUGCAGCCCACAGUAUCAACAGGGUACUAUGCUGCCUACCCUAACCAUCACGUUAGAUCUUUGAGGUUUGUGCCGAAACAAAUGCAUAUUCUUGUAUGUGGGUCAGUUGAUUUGGGGUCACCUAAUCCUUUAGCAAGAGUGAAGCUAAGGGCAUGUGGACCUGAAUGGAAGACCACUGGGAGUCCCAUGGAGGACACUGAAUUUCUAAAAGAAGAACAGGAAUAUGAAUUAUAAUAAAUGAUGUGAAUGGAUACAGUUGCUAUGUGCUAACUUAGUGUGAAACACUGGAUAUAUUCAAAGCUGAAGAAUACUUAGGAAAAUGUUUAUUUUCCUAAGUAUUCUUCAGCUUUGACUAUAUCCAGUGUUUCAACAACUCAACAUUGAAAUGCAUUUUUGUUGCUAGUGUAGCUAGAGCAUCAUCCCAAUUCUUUUUUUAAAAUAUUCAUUAUAAUUUAUAAAAUAUAAAAUACAAUGAUUGCAAGGAUAUAUCAAGUAAAUACCUGUUCCUGUAAUACCACAUAUAUGUGUGUGAGUUUGUGUGUGUGUGUGUGUGUGUAUCAUGCAGCUACAAAUACCAAUAUUAUAAAUUCGAAAAUUAUAACAUAUUAAUAUACUGCAUAGAUAAAUGGUUGUAAUUAAUACAGUGGACGCUUGGGUUGUGAACGUGAUCCAUGCGGGAGGCACGUUCGCAACCUGCAGCGCCAUGUCUGCGCAUGCGCGGGUUGCAAUUUGGCGCUUCUGCGCAUGUGCGCCCGCCGAAACCCAGAAGUAACCCAUUCCGGUACUUCCGGGUUUUGACGCAAGCUGAAGCGUCUGUAACCCGAGGCAUGACUGUAUCAUAUUGUAUCUAGUCUUCAUGAAUUCAAUUAAGGGCUUCCAUUUAUAUUCAAGUUUUCUCUCUUAUUUACCAUAUUUCAGCCAUAUUAAUUCUUUAUGCCAACCUUGCUUUUUGCCAGGCUUUCUUUCACUGUUGCUGGUGGCUUUAUUAUUCCAUUUUUGCAACACAACAAACAUACAGUGGUACCUCGGGUUACAUGCGCUUCAGGUUACAGACACUUCAGGUUACAGACUCCACUAACCCAGAAGUAGUACCUCGGGAUAAGAACUUUGCUUCAGGAUGAGAACAGAAAUCAUGCAGCGGUAGCAGGAGGCCCCAUUAGCUAAAGUAGUGCUUCAGGUUAAGAACAGUUUCAGGUUAAGAACGGACCUCCGGAACGAAUUGAGUUAUUAACCCGAGGUACCACUGUACUAGCAACAAGUGAUAAAUUCCAUAUUAGCUCCUUAUGCUUGACCCAUUCAUCCAAAUAUCCUAGUAACAUUGUCAGGGGAAUCUGUGCAGCUGUUACUCAAAAGACAAAUCAUAAUUUUUUGUAGGCUUUCAGUUCUGAUGGCCGCUGGCUAAUAACGGCAGCUAUGGACUGCACCAUCAGAACCUGGGAUCUGCCAUCUGGGUGGUAAGUAAAUUUAGAGAUUGCAGAGAACUACUACUUUAAUAUAUUACAUGUGUGUACUGACAAAAGAGCACAAUCAGUUUUAAAACACACCUUUCUAUCUUAUUCUUACUAUGUAUUAAAUUUGUAUAGCAGCCUUCACCCAAAGAUCACUGGGUGGUUCACAACAUAAAAAUAGAAAACGAACUGGUCUACUUGCAAAUAUCUUUAUUUAUUUGCGUUUUAUUGCCUUUAUGCCUGAGGAUUGAAUCUGCCCUGCCAAAGGUACACAAGAAUGAUAUCUUGUCAUACUCAGUUUCAAGUCUCAGCUGGCAAUAUAUUGAGGCACUUCUUUGCUUCAUAGGUAGAUGAGGGCUUGAGUUUCUUAAAUUUUUAUUUUUAAUAGAAAAUGUUGCUUGCCAUGGCUGAUGCAGUUUGCAAGAGAAGUCAUGUGAGUUGGGGACUCCCCACCCAAAUAACCCAGUGCUUCAUCAGGUGUAGGGAAGUGGCACCUAGAUGUAACACAGUGCCCCCUUUCCGAAGAAAAAUUCUAUCAUGAUGCUAAUCACGUGUAGGCUCCGAGUGCGGGGAGGAGAAAGGGCAUCCAGCCCACUCGACCAAACAGAAUAUUAUGUCUUAUGUUAUAUGGUAAACGUUCUAACUAAAGUUAGAAUGGGCAGCCCCUGAAUUUCAGCAGAACUUGACUUUAACCAUGCUAACUAAUACUUGUUUCAUUUUUAAAAUCCCUUUCUUUAAUUGAAAGUGAUUUUUUAAUGGCUUAGAUGAUGGCUAGUAGUCUUUGACUUUUUUAAUGGCUUAGAUUUAAUGGCUAGUAGUCUUUGACUAGUUUUUGUAGUUCUUCUGUAUACAACCUGUAAUGCAUCUCCAUCCUUUUUACUGGAACAGGACAGACUUCAGCCUAAUGAAGCAUUUGUGUUAAAAUGGUUUCUCUUGUCUACUUGGCAAUCCCAGUUUAGGUGCCCCAAGAUUGUGUAAUUUCUCAUGUCUCAUAUUCUUUUAAUUUCCUCUGUUGGAUGUAUUAAAUCCCAUUUCCAUAUCUAAUUUUCCUGUGUUGUUGCCUUUUUGACAUCUUGCCUAUAAGCAUAACCUAGACUUGUCAGAUUUCUUUGAAGUAAUCAGCCAUUUGAGACAUUACAUUUUACGACAGGCUGCCUUGUUUGAACUUAUGUUUCUUCUCAUUCACCUUAGGAUGCACUGACAUCUAAAUGUUGCAACAUUGCCCCACCAAAAAAGUCUCAGAGUUUCUUGUUAUCAUAACAUUUUCCAGAUAACAGUAUGGAUGUCAAAUGGAAAUGACAAAAUGGUUCUCAUACGUCAGAGGAGUUGUCCAUAUGCAGAUUAGUGCAUAAUGUACUUGUUUUUCCAUUUCCUUAUGCAUACAUUGAAACUACACAGUCUGAUGAUGCAACUCUUGAUUUAGUUUGAUAGCACUUCAAUUUUAAUAGGAAUGUACCGCAAUACUAAACCAAUUACGUUAACUAGCAUGACAUAAUUGGACUAACAUUUAAGGUUUCUUAUGCCUGCACAGUACAUUGCCUUGAGACAUAUGUAAAAGGCAUUUCAUAAAUUAAAAAAAUAGUAAUAUCCAGAGCACACAACCACACACACAUUGCAGCUUUUUUUAAAAUUUACCUGUACUUGAACUUCCAGUGUUGCUUUCAUUCAUAUUUAUUGUGUGUGUCUCCCUGCUGAAGAGUCCAGUCUGGGUUGGUUCUCCCUUCACCCUUGUAUUUGAUGCUCUGUGGCUAACUAGGGCAGGAAUGAAAAAGGAUAGAUGUUUUAAAGUUCAAACGGAACUUCAGCCAAUUUGCAGGAAGAAUAGGACUGAUGAGCAGUUGCAGAUUUGAUUCUUGACCAUAAUUGCACACUUCUUGAGUUGACAGAUUGGGCGGGCGUGCCCACCAAGUGGACACACUUUAAACUGUUUUACUAUGAUUUGUUUUCAUUUGGUCUUACAAGAGUCGGUUCUUUGUUUUCUUCCUUUGAGGCAUCUGGCAUAGCGACAAAGGGUAAAGGGGUAGCUUUGGUUCCAGAUGGUCUGGAAUACAGUUGUAGCUGCCAGUCAUGCAGUACUGUGUUUUUGUUGUUGUUGUUGUUUGAAAAGUUUUUAUUGUUAAAAUAAUUCAGCAUUAAUACACAUAUAUUGCAAAUAUACAAGCAUACAAACAUACAUUUCAUACAGUCCUUAAAAAUGUUCAAACAUACCUACACUCAAUCCCACAGAUAAUUCCUUUUCCCAUCACCAUCCACCACCCCUCACCCCACCUUUGUGUUAGACUUCCAGUCUACUCCAUUGAUGCAGUCCUGUGUUCAUCCUACUCAUAAUGGGCAAUGGCACGUCUGAUAAAGUUGAGUCAUGAGGCUCCACUAGACCCAGUGUAUCCAAUGCUCCAUGGGCAGAACUCUGCUUCUGCAAUAUUCUCCUCCUCUGUGUCCCCAAAACAUGCUCCAGAGGGUCCCCCAACCGCAGAGAGGUGAUUUCCCUGGGGAGCUGCAGGGAAGAGGAGACAAAAGUCUCCUGCGUUGAAUGCCACCCAGUAUUUCCCCCCCCCCCCCCACCCAAUAUUUUUGUCAUCACAUUACAUGGCCAGUUUAGUCUAUUGGGAACAUAAGGGAACGAAUUGUGAUUCGUCACAAUCACUACAGAUUGAUUUCUGUAUGCUAAAAAUCAAACAUUACAAACUAUCCCCACAAUGAGUAAAAAGAGUGACAAACUAUGGGGAUGCUUGUAGCUAAACUAAAGCAUUGUAUAAAAGCAAAAGAAAAGAGAAACACCAGAUAACUUUUUUUUUUAAGUUAUAAGUUAAUUUUUCGGGGUUUUGAAUUUAAUCAUAAUAUUUUAUUUUUGUUUCGUUAACCGUGAUGUAGGACAGUCAACCCAGUCGUACUUAGAAAAGAUCAUAUGUGUUUAUCCUUGUAUGUUUUUUGUAGAUGUCCAUGCUUCUUAAAUCUAAUCCUCUGAACGCUCUGCUCCAACUGUCUGGAGAACUGAAGGGAAUAAUGUUCUGGCACCUUCUGUCAUGCAGAUCACUAAGGGCUGCUGGAUCAGUUGCCUCACCUCUGUCCAAGCAAGAUCACCAGCCUGAGAUCAAGCCUGGCCCAGCUGGAUUUAAAUGCCCCUUUAUUCUGACAUUUUCAAAUUGAUUCCCCAUCUCUCCCUUUCCCCACACUCCUGCUCCCUAAUAUGGCUUCUUUUUUUCGGUUUGUAAUCCUGAACACAAGAACUUGCCCUGUCUCCUUUUUUAAAACGUUGAAGUGAACGUCUUUGGGAAGACUAUACAUUUGUCUGAAAAGCAGAAUAAGAAGACUAAUAAUAUAAUGACUGGUAGUGGUUUCAUGCAUUUAAUGACUGGUAACUGAACUGUAUAUCAUCUGUUAUGUGAUGAAUUGUUUUUCUCUUUGCAGCCUUGUCGACUGUUUCCUACUAGAUUCAGCAGCAAUAAGCAUUACUAUGUCUCCUACGGGAGACUUCUUAGCUUCUUCCCAUGUAGAUGAUCUUGGAAUUUACCUGUGGUAAGUCUUCCAGUGGUCUUCUGAGCACGUCCGUUUUUAGAGCAGAACUAUAAGACAUCAGACUGCCCAUUUGUAUUGCUGCAUUGUUCCAUGGCACUUGAGUAAAAGGUGCAAGUUCUGCCCUUUGGAAAAUUCCUCUGUAACUGCUCCUGCCUCCCAAUCAGUUAAGUGUACUGGGACUGUUUUCCUAAUAUAAUGAAAUUCCAGACACGUUUGCUUGGAAGCGAGUUCUGUUUAUGUCAGUUGAACUUGCUUUACAUCAAGUAAGAUUUUCCCUCCUCCACGUUUUGACUGUAGUCUUUUAUCCUAUGUCAAAAACGACUUCUGAAAUUGUAUUUAUCUUCAGAACCAGCUUGCCUUAUGACAUGGUGGGGCUCUGCUGUGCAGAAAGUAAGCUCAAAACGUUAUUAGAGGCAUCGGGGUAGUUGUUGUUCUUUGGAACCCAGUCAAUAUUCUUAGGACUGUGAACAAUUUAGUUCUAACAAAAACAAAAAAAACCCUUUAAUUUAAACUACAUUAAAUCGAAAACAGUAAUCAUACCAAAUAGCUAAAUACAUAAUAAAUGCAGUAUACAUACAUUAAAAUUUUACAACAUAGAAAAAGCUGUUGUAUUAAUCAACAUUUGCAUUAUAUUCUACAUAAAUAGCAGUAUGAGGAUUGCAUUUAACUUCAAAAUGUUCUCUUUCUGGUCUACCAUCUCUCACUCUUAACAACUCAGUCCUAUAGCUUACAUCAAUCGCUCAUGGUUAUAGCAGAUAGAUCCACAAAGAACAUAACGUGCUUUCUUUCUCCUCUGCCCCCACCCCCAAGCCAAAAUAACAAUGCCUUCCAUCUUGGAUUUUACAGGUCUAACCGUUCGCUGUAUUCGCUUGUCUCUUUGCGUCCGCUUCCACCGGAUUAUGAGCCUUCUGUAGUAACGCUUCCUGGAACAUGUCCAGCUCAAGGUACUAGAGAAGGGAGUUGCUGAGGGGUUUUUUGGCUGUUAGUGUACUUUUUCUGAAUCUCUUGUUUGUGUAAUCGCAAAGUAACGGCUUGCAUACUGCUCCUAGGCCAGUGCAAAGUUGAAUUUGUGAAAAAUUCUACGCUCCCUUGUGUUCUGACAUAUUGUUCAACUUGAAAAUCCUAUGGCUUCCUAGAUGCUUCUAGACUACAACUCCCACCAGUCUUGACCAGCGGCCAGGACUGCAGAGGCUGAUGGGAGUUGGCAUCCAGCAACAUCUGGAGAACCACUGGUUCCUCACCCCUGCCCUAGAGUGUGUAACCAGUUGUCCUUACUAAUGACCAUAUAUUUGAAGCCAUGGGUUGGAUCUAAUGACAUGCUAUGUUUAACAUUCUGUUUGCAAGCAUGUCAGUAUAUCAAGCCCUCCCCAUAUGUUCUGUUCUGGAGGGGGGGGGGUUUCCAACCUGCAUAGAGCCAAUUUCACAGAGUGCAUGAUGCGAUUUGUUUGGUGACCUCUUUAUCUAAAGAGCUUUCACUCCAGAUAGUGAGUAGCAUCAUGAUAAAUAAUAUAUAUAUAUUUUUAAAAAUUAUACCCUGCCCAUCUGGCUGGGUUGCCCCAGCCGCUCUGGGCGGUUUCCAGCACACAUAAAAACAUGAUAAAACAUAUCAAAAAUUAACAGCAACAAUCUGAUCCAAUAUUUUAAAAAAUCACAAUAAAUUGUGAAGUAUUAUCUGCUUCAUUAUGCCUUAUCUUUCUCCAUCAACUAGGAUGGGGCAGAUAAUAAUUCGAAACAUAAAACGAGUUGAAAAUAGCCAAGUAAAAUGUGCUAUAAAAUUGAUUGGUCCACAUCUUCUCAGCCUCGACUGUCAAAAGGCCAGCCCGAAUAUAAUAUAGCCAUCAGUUGGCCCUUCAAGGUGUUAGGCUAUAUAGGCAACCCUCUAGGGAAAGGAACUUGUCUUGGAACUUGGCAGAGAUGCAGUCAAGGUGGUGUUCUCAUUUACUCUUGUUGAUUAUGAUAGUAAAGGCAUCGUCUGAACCAUGAAGGUUCCAGCUGUUAGAUUAAAACCAUGCAUGGGAUUGUGUUAGGAAGAUGAUGGAGAGCUGGCGUCAACACUGAUGUACUGUAUGUUUGGUGUCCAUUCUGUGGCAGGCAGCCCUGUUUAAUCAUACCAGAGGCUUAUCUGGUUGAGCACCCGGAUUCCCAAAGUGGCCAGCCAGAUGCUUAUGGGAAGCUCAUAAGCAGAACAUAGAAUCAGAGACCCAUAGAGUUGGAUGGGAUCCUGAGGAUCAUCUAGUCCAACCCCCGCAAUGCAGGAAUACAUAGCUGUCCCACCCAGGGAUCGAACUUGCAACCUUGCAUUGUUAGCACCACGCUUUAACCAACUGAGCUAGCCAGCUGUACCAGCUCACAGCCACGAAGGCUAGCCUCCUCUGAGAGUGCAUUGCAGUAAUCUAGUAUGAAGCAGUUAUGUGUGUAAGCUUUCAGAUCAGAUAAAAGAAAACGACGACACAGUCCUCAGCUGCUGAUGUUAGCAGAGGGUACUUUUGAACCCGUCACAGGCUGCUUUUCCAGGCCCAGCUGCAGAUCCAAGAGCAUGCUAAGAGUGCAAACUUGAGGGGCUUCCCUUCCACUAGUCAGAGGAUCUGUCAACUCAGCACUUCAGUCUUGCAGCGAUCCAGACCCUGCUUUUAAGUAUAUUUCUAACAUAUGGACAAAAUGAGCCACAUUUAGAUAUUUAUUUGGUACAAAACACUACAGAAACUACAUUCUGCAAGAGGCGUUCCCUUGCAAUAGGCGAGACACUGGUGAGACACUGGUGUCUAGAGUCCAUGCAGAUGUCUGGCAGUGCUUCCAGUUGCUGAUGGUGCAGUCAGCAUUCCGAUAACUUGGAUGAAUUCUCCUGAAUCAUCUGACUUUGUGUAAUGGUGAGAAAAUGACACAAACAAAAUAUGUAACGAAACUGGAAGCAAUCCAGCUUCCUAGCUAUCCUGCAGAUUCAAGUGUAGGCACUACUUUUGAUUCAUCCCCUGAAGCAGAUUGGCAGCUGCAUGUUCUGUGAGUAAUACCUUUCAAAAGAGGCAUGAAAAUGACGUCUUCGUUGCUGCCGAUUCUGUGUCGUUCAGAGCACUGGGGGAGCUCCCACAGCUAAGGUUUAGCAGCUAAAUCAGAUGAGAUACCCUUUGCCAGCCCCCACAGAUGCAUUCUAGUUCUUGUACAAUUGAAUAACUGUGCCUCUUAAAGAGAGGUGGUCAACCUUUUCUGACAAGAAGACCAGAUCCUUCUCUCCUUGACCUCUGAAAGGCCAACUUUGACAGAUUGGGCGUAGGAGAAAAGCUAGUUAGACAACCAGAUACAUAGUGCAGGUAUGAAACCCUUAGCCAAGGGGACACCAUCCAUUGUGAGGAAUUUCAAGCAUGGCUUUCCAUUAAUGCUACAGGAAUGUGCCUCCUUGGCCAUCGUCUCUGGCUGUGUUCAUCUUGUUAUGUUCAAUUGCAUCUGAAUUGUUUCUGUUGUAUUUUCUUCACAUAUUUAACAUUAUCAUAUCAUCCCAGUCGAAAUAUAUUAAAAAAUAAAAAAAUUGUCCAGUAGCACCUUAGAGACCAACUAAGUUUGUUCUUGGUAUAAGCUUUUGUGUGCAUGCACACUUCUUCAGAUACACUGCAAUUUUGUGCAUGCACACGAAAGCUUAUACCAAGAACAAACUUAGUUGGUCUCUAAGGUGCUACUGGACAAUUUUUUUCUAUAUUUCGACUGCAUCAGACCAACACGGCUGCCUACCAGAAUCUAAUAUCAUCCCAGUGUGCUUGUGUAAUUAACCAGCUGUGUUUAUCUGAAUGUCAUUCAGGAUCUACUGUCAUUCGAACAUUUCCCAACGUUGCUAAACUUUCCCCCCCUGUCUGUUACCAUUUUUAAAGAUGUAGAUGUCACAGAAGAAGAAGAAAUAAGUGAUGAGAUGAUAGAAUACGAUUCUCCAGAACAGCUGGGAGAAGCAUUAGUGACCCUUUCUAUGUUGCCAAAAUCUAGAUGGAAGAACCUCCUCAAUCUUGAUAUUAUAAAGGUAGCACGUUCAUGCUAUUUUUUAAAAGGUUUCUGACCAGGACCUGUUGCUCUCAUUUUACAUAUUACGUGGUUGUGUUAUGUUGAAUGCGACAAAGACUUGACAAAAUGUCUUCAUAGUUUGGGAUAACAUCUAGGUUGUUUGUAGGGUAUACAAAUAUCAGAACUAUUUUACACAUAGUCAACCUAGAUUUAACACACCAGCUGAGAUUCUAACGCUUUCACAGAUGGAAAGUUAAUACAUUUGGUGUUCUUAGGGUUACAGUGUGAAUAUGGAAAUUGUCUGAUGAUAUAAAAUAUCCCAUCCACAGCAAAAGAACAAACCCAAAGAGCCACCAAAAGCCCCAAAAUCUGCACCGUUCUUCAUCCCCACAAUUCCUGGCCUCAUACCACAAUAUGCUUCCAUUGAACAUGAAAAUGUUGGACAACAGGUAAAGAGAAAGCUGAUGAUACAAAACAUCUGCAUGUAGUACUUCUCUCUCUCUCUCUCUCUCUCUCUCUCUCUCUGGAUUUAUGACUGCCUCUUGGAAGUAAUUUCUUAUGUAAUGGGUGCUAAAUCACUGGUGAAUUGCAGUAACUGAUCUUGGUCCUACUGUAUUUUAUAGCAUUUUCCCCCCUUCGAUUCUCUAUUCCCACUUACAACAUCUUUGAUAAAAGCACAGAGUUUUGGCACCUCAACUGCACAAUUACUGGGUAUUAAAGUGAUGAUGUAGAUAAUUAUCUGCAAUCUAAUACUUGAAACUGGUACUUAAAUAUUGGGCAGCUUCAUCAUAUAUAGAAAGAACUUGCUGUUCUGUCAUAUCUAAGACCGCUUUCUCACUGAGAUUUAAUCCUAAAUACAUUGUUAAAUAUUACAUAGAUUAACCUCUAGUCCUCAUCUAUCUUUAGCUUUCUGAAGAGUCCUCGUAGAAAUCCUUGUUUUGAUUUCUCCAGAUGCCCUUUCUUCCAUUGUUUUAUGUGAUGCAUGUUUUCCCAUGUGCAUGCAUGUACACAUGCAUGUCUUCAAAGGAGAAGUGCCUGUGUAAGGAUAUUCAUCUUACUGGGUGAGAUUCCUCCUAAUUAUGCCAUUCUUCAAUAUGGCAUUGUAAGUUAGAGUACAGAACUAAAUUAAUUCAACAUUCAAAAUCCCCCCUUUUAAUUCUCGUAAGGAUGUUACAUUUAAAAUUUCAUCUACAUAUAUUUGUAAAAGUUGUCUUUCAUGCAAUUCAAUUGACAACCUUUUUUUAUAUUUCAGUCAAAAGUAGUAAACCUUGGAGUGCUGGCACAAAAAUCUGAGUUCUACCUGAAGCUUGAAGAAGCUCUGAUAAACAGUGACUGUAAGUUAUACUAUGAAAUGAAUAAAUUUGCAUCCUGACAAGGUGGAAGGAGAAGGUGUACUUUAUUUCCUUUUUCUCCAUAUAUUGUAGUGGUAGUGAAUUGGGCUUCUUAAGGCUGGAAUAACGUGUCUUCAAAAUAGAUAUUGGGAGGAAAGAUACCUUAUCUUGGCUUGUUGGGGGAUGCAAUUUCAGUAUGGUACAGUGUGUGUAGAACAAUUUAGCUUCUUUAAAAGAGCAUUCCCCUAAGGGGACAUCAGCUUUACAAAUUCUCCCAAUAUGUUGAACUCGGUAUUACACAUUACGAAAAGGUUAAAUAUCUUGGGUCCUCUUAAUCCCCAUUACUCCCAUUAAGUUGUGAUGGUGCUGCUACUAUGCUUUUGAUCCUUAUUAAAUCAUCGGUUCCUGGGAUGCCUUGGGAAAGAGUUGACCUGUUAAUUGUGGUAACAGUCGAGCUAGUUACAGAAGUCUUUCAAAGCAAUACACACCUAGCAUACCCCAGAGCCAAUUUCACAAUAAUUUGACUUUUUGAAGCAUUCAGUCCUUUAGGAAAUUCCUUUAGGGCAUAUCAGAAUUCCAUUGUAUAGAUCUGACAUUGUUUAUGUCAGAACUUCUGCCCUGACGAAAGGUUAGCUGAAGGCCUUUUAUAAAAAAUGCAGGCAAGCAAUAGCAGGGAACUGGAAUGUGUAAAGUGCUCUGGUUUUAAAGGGUUAAUCAAGAAAGCCAGAUAGGAAGGAAAACCUAGGUUACUAUGACAUGGCAGAGAAUAAAUUCAUAAAACUUUUUUAUUUAGGGCAGUUUGCAAACCAAGAUUCUUUGGUCAGUGAUAAUUUGGAACUACUCCACUACUACUGUUCUGACCAGUGUUUGAAAUCAGCUUGGUCCCAGGCUCAUUUUGCACUUGGCUUUUGACCACUUGCGACCAAGAGAAAAUGCCUGGGCUGUCUCCACCAUCUUGAGAUCAUUGGAUCUGGACUGUUUUCACACACUAAUACCCCAUCCUGUAGAAUUGUAUCAGAUAUAUAUUUUUAUCUGCACAAUUGGAAUGGAUUUCUGGAACCCAGUUGCUUUUUCUCUGUGCAGCCUGAGCAGGAGCAGUCACCAUUAAGAAAAAGAGGUUGGAAUAGGCCAAUAUAUAUAUGUGGGCUGUCCCUGGAUCAAGUGACUUUCCUUCUUUAAGUUCUCAAAGCUCUUAACCUAGCUCAAGGUCUGAACUAGCCAGAUGUUUAACUGGCUAGUUUCCAUUGUUUUUCCAUAUUGCUGUAGCAACAGCCAAUCAAUGCCAGCCCUUGCCGCAGCCACCAAUAACACGCCAAAUAGCCACUGACAAUCUCCGAUUCACGGCAGCAACCAAUCCCACGUCACCGCUAUGCAAUAUCUGUGUAUAAGACGAACCCCGAUUUUUAACGCAAUUUUUCAGGAAACAAUCCUAGUCUUAUACACGGAAAAGUACGACAAGUGGAGGGGCUCAUAUGCACAGCUAGAGCCUCCCGCUACCAAAGAGGCAAGGUUUCAAAUGGCAUGACUUUGGGAAAUAGGGAUCUUCUUUUUCCCACACAAAAAAAGGGUCAAAUAAAAUUCCACCAGCUUGUGCUGUUCUCUUAAUUGCAUAAAAUGAACGAUUUGGAUUAUGACCAAAUUGUUGAAUGAUGCAGGGUAUAGGAUAACUAUUUAAAAGACAGAGAGAUAUAUAUAGAGGGGGGAGAUAUAGAUAGAUAUAUAGAUUAUAUAGUAUAGAUUAUAUAGAGAGAGAUACAUACACACAAACACACACACACACACACACAUACAUAUACCCACACACACCCCAUUUCUGUAACACUUUCUAGAACUUGUAGCCAUACUCUUCCUGUUUUGACAGAUAAAUCUCCACUCCGUAUUCUGAAGGACAUGGGGCCAUCUAACACAGAGGCGGAACUGAGAGGCUUGUCCCCCGAUGGCGGUGGAUCUGUUAGGGUGAUGCAAAGCUUCCUAAGAAUGAUUGAGGCCAUGCUGACUACAAAAUGUGACUUUGAACUGGCUCAGGCAUACCUUGCGUUGUUUCUGAAGGUAAGUGUAUCAUUUGAUACAAUUGCUAGUGACAUUCUGUGCAGCACAGUUUGCUUACCGUAGAAGCCCCCAAUUUGAAUGCGCUGGGGGGGGAGGGCGGGGAGACACACUUGGCACUGAAUAAAGAAUGACUGACAGCAUCCGUUCCUUUUUGCAAUAGCAUUUCCCCCUACUGAAACUUUCAUUAUUGCUGUGUGAUAGCACUGCUUGGCCUUACAGUGCUCAUCUGAGGGGAGUUGCUAAUAUGAGUUACUUACUUUGAUCACAGGUAGGUAGCCGUGUUGGUCUGCCGUAGUCGAAACAAACAAACAAACAAAAUUCCUUCCAGUAGCACCUUAGAGACCAGCUAAGUUUGUUAUUGGUAUGAGCUUUCGUGUGCAUGGUAUGGGCUUUCGUCUGAAGAAGUGUGCAUGCACACGAAAGCUCAUACCAAUAACAAACUUAGUUGGUCUCUAAGGUGCUACUUAGGGACGCGGGUGGCGCUGUGGCUUAAACCACAGAGCCUAGGACUUGCCGAUCAGAAGGUUGGCGGUUCGAAUCCCCGCGACGGGGUGAGCUCCCGUUGCUCGGUCCCUGCUCCUGCCAACCUAGCAGUUCGAAAGCACGUCAAAGUGCAAGUAGAUAAAUAGGUACUGCUCCGGCGGGAGCAUUUCCGUGCGCUGCUCUGGUUCACCAGAAGCGGCUUAGUCAUGCUGGCCACAUGACCCAGAAGCUGUACACCAGCUCCCUUGGCCAAUAAAGCAAGAUGAGCGCCGCAAUCCCAGAGUUGGUCAUGACUGGAUCUAAUGGUCAGGGGUACCUUUACCUUUAAGGUGCUACUGGAAGGAAUUUUUUUUUAAAAAACUUUGAUCAGUUUGUGAAACAUUGGCAUCGUGUUAUGGUGGAUAUUUCCCAACUUUUAUUAACUAAUAAAAAAGUGAUGUGGUGGUUUAACACACUAAUCAAGAAAUUUAAGAAAUGAGUUCCAUCAAAUUUGAUUCAUGUAUUUAUGUAAUUCAUUUUAUGCUUCCAUUUCAGUUGCACUUAAAAAUCCUUUCAUCAGAACCAGAUCUGCUGGCAGAACUAUCCAGACUGUCACCCCAGCUUGAAGAAAUUUGGGUGCAUUUACAGACUCUUUUCAACCAAAGCCUUUGCAUUUUAAAUUACAUGAAGACUGCUUUGUUGUAACAUUCCUUUUGUUCUAUAAGAAUGCCCAGUUUAAUGUACAAAUCAAGUUUAAUAAUGGAUAUUUUCUCUCUUAAGUUUCAAAAAGGUAACUGUACAGCUUGACUUGAUAACUUUAUUUUGUACAAAUUCAAACACGAAUCUGUGCUACCUUCACAGAUAAAGUGUGCUUUUAUUAUUGUGUAAAUGACUGCUGAAACAGUAAAGUUCCCUGUCAAAAAUUAAGAAUAUUCAAUAUGGUAAAACACUCAAUAUGCAGUUAUAAAUCUAAAUAAAUUUUAAGAGGUGAUGUCUGAUGAAUUAUUUGGGAACAUUGAUGCUGGACAGGUGUGGUCCUAGUCACUACCUAGCGGUAGACUAUGUAAGAGUAGGAUAAUAAAAAUGGUAAAGAUGCAAAAUUCUGUGUGCUGAAAAACACUUUUUGUAUAUUGAACAGAUGUCUGCAAUAGCUGCAAAAUUUAAAUUUCUUUAAUGACUAACAAAUAUAAUGUUGUGCAUCACCUUAAACCAAUUUGGAUGUUUUCAUGAAUUCUAGACAUCACAGAAUGCAGCAUAAACUUGCCAUAUAAGCUAUAUUAUGCAAGUUUCAAUUAAAUGUUACAUAACUGCAAGAAGUUAGGUUACUGGGAACUAGGCAGAGGACCUUCUCAGUAGUGGCACCCACCCUGUGGAACACCCUCUGGGAGCUAAAUAACUAUGCAACUUUUAAAAGACAUCUGAAGGCAGCCCUGUAUAGGGAAGUUUUUAAUGUUCGAUGUUUUGUUUUGCUUUUAUAUUUGUUGGAAGCCACCCAGAGUGGCUGAGGCAACCCAUUCUGAUGGGCAGGGUACGAAUAAUAAAAUUAUUAUUCUUAUUAUUCUUGUGUGUUUAUUAAUUCAGUCCAUUAUUCAUAAACUAAAAAGGCCAUUAGAAUUUCAACCAUGGAAGGUACUUUGCCUUUUUAAACUUUUCACUGGAUAUUGAUUUAGUAAUACAAAAAUACUGUUUGGAAACAAUAUUGAAAACCUAGCUCUAGAAUUACACAGAAUUCUAUUUACAGUGGAAAAACAACUUUUGCUGCAUUUAAAAUUUAAUGGCAAGGCAGACAGGAUUUUGUGCAAGAUUUAGGGGGUCCUUAAAAGUGUGGAGCCCAGGGCAUUUCCCCUAAAUUUAAGUCAAAGCACUGAUUAUAAUCCAGACACCAUGGGAAGAGCCUUCUCAGGCAGGGCCAAUACUAACCAGAUUAGAGUAGCCACAAACUUUGAUCAAAUGUCUUUAGAUCUUUUUGCACCUAACAAAUUGGAUUGUCAUGCUUGUGAAUAGAACCUGGAAAUAAAUGGGUCUUGUUACUCAAGGCUUAAUUUCAAGGGCUGUUUUCUAAACUGGACCAAGUUUGGAUCUAAGCCAAUGGUUACAAAUUGUAGUAAGCUGAUAAGACGAAUGUUGAAUAAAGAAGAAGAAAAACUUGUGC